CGAAUAGAUCAGAUAUUUGUAAAAAGUUUUCCAUUACUGUGGGAUCUGUCAUUGAAGGAAUAACUUGGGAGCGUAAAGAGACAAAAGUUUGGAGAAAUAACAUACUUAUGAAAUUCCUCCACCACCUGAAUUUGGCCCCUUCGAAAUAUAGACUGGGUGCUUUAUAUGAUGUCUUAGACUCUAAGUUUGUUCAUAGCCUUGGAAUGGCAGUUCCAAUGACUAU